AUGGCUAUGAAUGAGGUUAAGGUACGCGACUCAGCAUCCAGAGCCAUAAAGAGGUAUAUGGAGGCUAGUAAGAAGGAUGAGAUGGCUAUUAAUUUGGAAAUGGCCCAAAAUUAUAGUCUGCUUCUGGAAGAGCAGUGGCGACGCUUUAACCAAGCGCAGGAAAAGGUGGAGAUAUCUUGUGGCGUGGAAUACCAGGUGGAAGAAGAAGCACGUAUUCAAGCUGAGGAAUGGUAUCUGCUCGCAAAAAGCAAUUUUGACAAAUUGCUAGCCGCGCAUCCUUCAGUAGUUCAAAAUGAAGUCGCCUACAACCCACAACUUUCGCCCACGGAUGCCCCUGUUGCAACUGCAUCCAUACAAUUGCCGAAAAUACAGUUAACAACAUUUGACGGCAGAUCAGCGGACUGGGUAUCUUUCCACGAUACAUUUUGUUCCUUGAUACACACAAACACCAGCAUCACAGAUGGUCAAAAGAUGCAUUAUUUACGCAGUUGCCUUAAAGGGGAAGCUUUACAAGCUAUCAGCGGACUUAAAGUAGGUGACGCAAAUUACUCCGAGGCCUGGAACAUUUUAAUAGAUCGCUAUAAGGUUAUGCGAUUAUUAGUGGAUACGCAUUUACAUGCAAUUUUCACAAUAGAGAAGUCUACAAAAGACACUGCCGCAUCAAUAAAGUCAAUACAUGGCUUAGUAUUGCAACAUAUUGCUGCUUUACGUGCACUUGGCCGCCCCGUAGACCUGUAUGACGAUUGGUUGGUUUACUGGACAGUAUCAAAGCUUGCAUAUGAAACCCGAAAACAAUGGGAAUUGUCAUUAACGGAUGACUCGCCUCCAACAUUUGAGGAAUUAUCGGAAUUCCUUCUCAUAAGAGCCCGUUCACUGGAAAUGCUUGGAAAUUCCGAUCCGCCCAGACAAUCAAAACCCAUAACUAGACAAUUGAAAGGGAGUAUGAGUGCAUUUCAUAGCAGCGCCCCGAGUCAGAGUAAGUGCACAUAUUGCAACAAAGAUCACAAGAUCUAUCAUUGUGAUGACUAUGACAAGCUGAGUGCAAAAAGAAAGUUCGAUGCGAUUCGACAAAAGAACGCAUGCUUUAAUUGCCUCAGUUUAGGACACACGACAACAAGCUGUAAAAGCUCGUCGAAAUGCCGAAUAUGUCACCGCAGUCAUCACACCUCAAUCCACGAAGCAUUCACCGCAAAUUAUCAAUGCAGUUCGCCCGCAAGUCAAUCAGCAGUUAUUGCUACCCCGCUACCCGCUCAACAUACUACGAAUACGCAUUUGGCUACACCAAACAACGGCAUAGCAGCCACCGCACAGUAUGUUAACAGCUUUAACACAGCUUUUGCCCCUAAAUCAAAAUCCGUAAAAAUCAUCGCACUAUUGGGUACUGCCCUAGUCCGUAUCAAGGACGAGUCCGGCAGACUCCAACCUGCAAGAGCCCUGUUUGAUAGUGGAUCGCACGCAACAUUUAUAACAGAGGCUUGUGCUCAGCGCCUCCGCAUACCCCGCAAACCCGCAUCGCUAACGGUAACUGGCAUUGGAACAUCACAAGGAGGUGGUGUAAAAGGUGAAGUAGAUUUAAUACUUUGUCCUAAAACAUCCACUAACCUCUUCAAUAUCAUUGCUCUUGUUUUACCAAAAUUGACAAACGAUUUACCAUCUGUGGAAAUUCCUACCGUGUCCUGGCCACACAUCGAGAAUCUACGCCUCGCAGACCCACAUUUUUAUCACCCUGGUCCUAUUGAUUUACUAAUUGGUGUCGAUGAAAUGGACAAAUUUAUCAUUGAAGGGUUUAAACGGGGACCACCGGGAACACCAAUGGCAUUUAAUACACAUUUAGGCUGGAUUUUAUACGGAAAUGUUCUCGCGACCUCUCCUAACCUUCAUGUUGCGAAUCUGCAUUGUGACCUGCAACUCGCCAGAGCCGUUAGUAAGUUUUGGGAAAUCGAAGAGCCUUGUGCUAAGAGGCAUUACACUGCUGAAGAGUUGGCAUGUGAAAGGCAUUUUAAGAAGACGCACGGCAGAGCUGACGAUGGGCGAUUUGUCAUUCAAUUGCCUUUCAGAGAUUCUAUGGUAUUGGGAGAAUCUCGCGGGAUAGCACUGCGUAGCUUGAAACGUUUAGAAGCCAGACUAGCCAACGACGCAAGUUUAAGGGACCAAUACAACGCAUUCAUGGAUGAGCUUCUUUCAAUGGGGCAUAUGGAACUGGUUCCUACAACAUCUGUACCGACGGAGCACUGUUACUACAUGCCGCACCAUGCAGUGUUAAAGGAAACCAGCUCCACGACAAAACUGCGCGUUGUAUUUAAUGCGUCGAUGAAGACGUCUACAGGUCUAUCGCUCAACGACGCCCUCAUGGUGGGGCCGCAACUACAAGAUGAUAUGUUUUCGAUUCUGCUACGAUUUCGCCAACAUCGCUUUGCCAUGAUGGCAGAUGUGGAAAAAAUGUAUAGGCAGGUGUAUGUAGCAGAAAAGGAUACGGAUUUUCAACGCAUCGUUUGGCGUCGAUCUCCCGCAGAGCCUAUCAUGGACUACCGCUUACUAAGAGUUACAUAUGGUGUAGCUUCCGCAUCUUAUUGUGCUGUAAAAUGCAUGCAGCAAACUGCUAACAACGCUAACGAAAGCGUUGCCCGCAUUAUCACUCGCGAUUUUUACAUGGACGACAUGCUCAGUGGGGCCUCCAGUGAGGAGGAGCUACUUUCACUACAAUAUGAAGUGUCCCAACAUUUAUCACAAGGUGGAUUUGAACUACGAAAAUGGGCAACAAAUUCCACAAAGCUCAUUGAACGCAUUCCACAGACGUCUAUGCAAACAACGCAUCUCCUUGUGGCUGAUAAGGAAGUUCGAACAUUAGGUAACAUAUGGAACACUACAGAUGACAGUAUCUCAUUAGCCGUCAACUUAAAGGAGUUACCGCAUAGAAUAACUAAACGAGUAUUCCUGUCGGACACUAGUACGCUUUUCGAUCCAUUGGGAUUAAUCGCUCCAUGCACGAUUCGAUCAAAAUUAUGGAUGCAAGAACUGUGGAGCGCUAAUGUCAACUGGGACGAAGAAGUGCCUAAGUCUAUACUGCGUGAGUGGAUAAAACACCGAAAUGGUCUUCAAAAGUUAUCAACGUUAAGACUCUGCCGCUGGAUUAAUACAUCAGAUACCACAAAUACCGAAUUUCACGUAUUCGCUGAUGCUUCAAAUCGAGCUUACGCAGCCGCUCUAUACGCACGCACUGUUCACCAUGACGGAAAGGUAAAUGUUUCAUUGGUAACUGCCCGCGCUAAAGUAGCACCGCUAAAAACUAAAACGCUACCCCGCCUCGAGCUAUGUGGAGCUUCACUAGCAGCAAAGCUUAUUCGGAAGGUAAGAGAAAGCAUUGGCAGUGGAUUUCGAAUGUAUGCCUGGACAGAUUCAACUGUGGUACUCGCGUGGUUGCACAGCCAUCCUAGCCGAUGGUCAACUUAUGUUGCAAACCGCGUGGCAGAGGUCCAAGAUGUUCUUCCCCCUGAAAUAUGGAAUCAUGUACGCUCAGAACACAAUCCAGCAGAUUGUGCUUCAAGAGGCGUCAACGCCAGUCAUUUGCUACAACAUAAUCUUUGGUGGAAUGGACCCGAUUGGCUACGAAGCAUCAUACCUACAUGGCACCGAAGCAAUUCCAGUGAACAUUCAACUUGUCUUGAAGCGCGCAAGAUAGCAGUAGCAACGGCUCAAAUCGCCAAUGAUAUUGAGUAUUGGGAUUUUCUUUUCCGGUACUCAUCCUUCGACAAACUAGUUCGAAUCACAUCUUAUUUGAGACGCUUUAUAUACAACAUCAAGUGCAAGCUACAAAAUUCAACGCCCCGCUGCGGAUCUUUUACGAUUGCUGAAUUGCACGAAUCCGAGUCUCUAUUGGUUAAGUAUGAUCAACAUUUUGUAUUUAAUCAAGAAGUUAUUGCUUGCAGAGAUAAAAGGAUUGUACCGAAGCGUAGCAGUUUACUUCGUUUAAACCCCUUUCUGGACGAACAAGGCAUUCUCCGUGUAGGAGGUCGGCUACGCUAUUCGAAUUUGCAUUAUGAAGCCCGCCAUCAAAUUAUUUUGCCCAAGAAGUCGCCGCUAGCCAAGGCCAUCGUAUCCGAUAUUCAUUUAUACACUUUGCAUGCUGGCCCUCGUAUUAUGCAAGCUACGCUCGAAAGGCGUUUUUGGGUAGUCGGCGCUCGCAAUCUUAUACGCAGGAUAUAUGCCAGCUGUGUGAAAUGUACAGAAUUGAAUCAUCGACCAGUUCAACAAAUGAUGGCAGACCUUCCUGCUAGUCGUUUUACCUUCAGGCGAUGCUUCCUACAUACGGCUGUAGAUUUCGCAGGACCAUUUACGCUAAAAUAUACUCACGGAAGAGGAAGCAGAUCAACAAAGGGUUAUAUUUCUUCGUUCAUUUGCAUGAGCACAGGCGCUAUGCACCUCGAGUUGGUCGGCAGUUUAUCUUCGGAAGAUUUCAUCGCAGCCUUUAAACGUAUAAUUAAUCGAAGAGGUUUCAUCGCACACGUUUACUCCGACAACGGAACAAAUUUCGUUGGUGCCAAUAAGGAGAUACACAUGAUGUUUAAUAAAUGCAUGGCCGAUCCCGCAGUAAAGGCAUACUUUGAGAAGUCCCGAAUAACGUGGCACUUCAAUGCUCCUAGUGCCCCUCAUAUGGGAGGUUAUUGGGAGGCAGGCGUAAAACGCGUAAAGUACCACCUCAAAAGAGCUCUUGGAGAUGUCCUGCUGACAUAUGAAGAAUUCAACACUCUUCUAACAGAAGUGGAAGCAUGUGUGAAUUCUCGCCCACUUGUUGCGCUUUCAUCACAUCCGGGAGAAGAAGAAACAUUAACGCCGGGUCACUUUAUCAUCGGCGAGCCAUUAAAAUCAUUGCCCGAGCCUGACACCACCGACCUCCGAGGUUCGCUUUCGCAACGAUGGCAAACUAUCAGUGCCAUGAGACAACAUUUUUGGCGCCGCUGGAAGAAACACAGUCGUUCUCAUCCUCGCCAUUCUCGUCGUUAUAUUAAUACUUCAUCGUCCCUUAAUAAUUCAACGCUUGAAGUAACCUCAAGUGGUGGUGGCCAUUGUGGAGAGAAUCCGCCAGCCACUGGGCCAGUAACAGCAGCAACAACAUCAUCGACGACAGCAAGGAGGACAACAUCGUCGUCACAGUCAGUGACAGUUCCGCAAACGGCAAGGAGUCGUCAGCCACGUUUUGCCACAUUGAAUUGCAUCAAUGGCAGUAGUAAUGACAAUGAUGCUGAUGAUGGCUAUGGCGAUGUCAACAACGUUGUCCACGAAAACGAUGAUGACGACCCAGAAUUGUUGGUAAAUCGACAAGAGAUACAACAACGACCCUUUUUGUGUCGUACACCACCGCCAAAUUAUCACUCAUUGUCGUCGGUGACGCCACCUCCUUUGUAUACGCCACGUCACUGGGAAAGGCAAGACGAAGAGCAAAUAAAUCCUGGAGAUCUUCCCACUGUUGGCAGUCGCAUUGAAAAUGCAACACAAGACACACAGACACAACGGCAACAGCAUCCAUUUCCGACAUUUCCACCACCACCGCCACCAGCAGCCACAGCAGCAGCAUCUCCAGAAAUUCCAGCAUUGCCUUUAAGGCUUUAUCGAGUACCGGAAGUUCUUGGUCCUGGCAUUGAUGACAACGCUGAUGAGGAUUAUGUUUUCUUAAAUGGACAUAAUAUCAACGAAAGAAGAACGAGAAGAAGGAGCCGAAGCAGCAGAGGAUGCAAUAGCUCAAGCGUAGCCCAGCUAUUGCCAUUUGAAGUCGCAUCGUUAUAUGGCCAUGCCAGGCAGGAACCAUUGCUGGCCAAUGAAAGCUAUUCGCCGAGAAAUGUGGCAACAGUGUCAUCACAACAUCAUCCCCAGGAAGAACAUCAUCAUCAAAGACGUAGAACACAACGUCGCCGUAAAUUCCAUUUAUUACAACAACAACAGCAACAAUCGAACUCUCCCAUCGUUGGGAAUCCGAAUAACAUCGACAGUAGCACAGAUUCUGACAGCUCAACGAGCUCGAGUGAUAUCAACGAGAAUUUUAACGAAGAUCAGUCCCAUAUCGGCACGACCAGGGAUCAGAGAAGACGCCGAAGGCAACGUUUAUUGAAAUUAAGAGCAUCACUGUUUAACGCAUACAUCGAUUUAGGCAAUAUUACCGCUAUUGAUACACAAUCAGCUGUUAACAGCUUUGUUUUGACACAACCAGUUUCUCUGCAAACAUCAUGA